AUGCCAGGAAGCAAUUGCACCCAAGCAACUGAGUUCAGCUUGGUGGGAUUCACUGAGGACCUGGCAACUCGGGUCACCCUCUUCCUGCUGUUCCUGCUCACCUACCUUGUCACCAUCCUGGGCAACUUGGGGAUGAUUACCUUGAUCAGAGCCAGUCCCCUGCUCCGUUCCCCCAUGUAUUAUGUCCUGGGCAACCUGGCUUUUGUGAACCUCUGCACUUCCACCAUCAUCACCCCCAGGAUGUUGGUUGGGGUUUUGUUGGGGAAGAAGGGAAUCACCUGUGCCGGGUGCAUGGCUCAGGUGUUCACUUUUGGCCUGUUUCUGGUCACUGAGUGCUUCCUACUGGCUACAAUGGCUUAUGACUGAUAUGUGGCCGUUUGCCACGUCCUGCUCUAUCCCCUUGUUGUGUCCUCAGAACGUUGGUCCCAGCUGGUGACCAGGUCCUACCUCCUGGGACAAACCAUUGGCAUGUCCAGCUUGUUCUUCUGCAGCUCCAGUGCCAUCGAUCUGUUCUUCUGUGACAUUUCCCUGCUGAUCUCGCUCUCCACCUCUGACACCACCCUCAGCCUCGUCAUCUUAAGGACUUCUUCAUUUUUGCUCAGUGUUCCCAGCAUGCUGGUGGUCCUGGUAUCCGAUGUGGCCAUCAUCUCCACUAUCCUGAGCAUCAGCUCGGCUGAGGGCAAGCGCAAAGCCUUCUCUACCUGUGCCUCCCACCUCACUGCUGUCAGCACCUUCUGUGGGGCAUUGAUUUUCAUGUACUUAAUCCCCAGGUCAGACACCUCCAGGGGAGGAGAUAAAGGGGCUGCUGUGCUCUACACUGUGGUGAUGCCCAUGCUGAACCCCUUGUUCUACAGCCUGAGGAACCAGGAGGUUAAGGAGGCUUGGAGGAGACUCAGGAAAAUAAAAUGA